CGGGGUCUGGAUCCUCCUGCUUGUUCCUCGGUCAGUAGAGGAGUCUCGCUGAGUUGGCUCGUGUCUCCGGGUGGAAGACAACAGGAAAACGGGCUGUUUUUGAUGGUAAAGACUCAGAGGAGAGCCUGUGAAGUGAGUUUGUGUCUCAGAGCAGGGAACGGAGAUUUCGUGGACGCUUUUCUGAGCCACUUUCCCUCAGUUCUGAAGGAACUAGUGCAGGAACAGUUUUGUGGGUGAGGAGGAGGAGAAGGAGGAGCAGCGAGCUGCGGACGGGAGGAGGCCGUGUUCAAGUGGCUGCUGGUGAUGUGACCAUGAGCGCGGCAUGGGAGUGACGUGACAAAAGGGGUGGAUCUGUCUCUGGCUCUGUCUUUCUCUCUCUCUCCCUCUCGCACACGCACGCAUACACAUGAUGUCUCUCUUUGCUCCGAGAGACAGAACUGAGUGAGCAAGUGAGUGAGCGAGUGAACACGUGGAGAGGGACAGCCUGGGAGACGCGAUGGACGAGUCGGCUCUUCUGGACCUCCUGGAGUGCCCAGUAUGCUUGGAGCGGCUAGAUGCCACGGCCAAGGUGCUGCCGUGCCAGCAUACGUUUUGCCGCCGCUGCCUGCUGGGCAUUGUGGGCUCGCGCGGGGAGCUCCGCUGUCCAGAGUGCCGCACACUUGUGGAGAGCGGCGUGGAUGAGUUGCCUAGCAACAUUUUGCUGGUACGUCUGCUGGAUGGCAUCAAGCAGCGGCCCAGGCGGGCGGGGGCCGGACCGGUGGCAGCGGCAGCAGCUGUGACCAACGGCUCAGCGGGUGGGGGAGUGAGAAACCAGGGGGCCGGUGGAGGAGGACAGAGGGAUCAGACAAACCCAGGAGUGCAGCCCCAAAGAGUCCAGACCAAGAGCACUCCAGUCAGAGGGGUGCCUCAGCUCCCUUGUGCCAAGGCCUUAUACAACUAUGACGGCAAAGAACCAGGUGACCUCAAGUUCACUAAGGGUGACAUCAUUAUUCUGCGCCGGCAGGUGGAUGAAAACUGGUACCAUGGAGAAAUGGGCGGGGUCCACGGAUUCUUCCCAACCAGCUUUGUGCAGGUGAUCAAACCUCUGCCCCAGCCUCCCCCACAGUGCAAAGCUCUGUACGACUUUGAACUGAAAGACAAGGAGGCAGACAAGGACUGCCUGCCCUUCUCAAAGGAUGACAUUUUGACAGUGAUUCGGCGGGUUGACCAGAACUGGGCUGAAGGAAUGCUGGGAGAUAAGAUUGGCAUCUUUCCUAUAUCAUAUGUAGAGUUUAACACAGCAGCGCGGCUGCUUAUUGAGCUGGACAAGGUGCCAGACAGUGGCAGCGAUUCCGGUGAAGGAGCUUCUUCGUCUGCGUCGGGACCACAGGCUAAUGGUGUGCAGAAGACUGCAGGAGAGAAGAAGAACAGCAAAAAGCGCCACUCGUUUACGUCUCUGACCAUGUCCCAUAAGCCAUGCCUGGCUCCGCCGCCACAGAGGCACUCCAUGGAGAUUAGUGGCCCUGUGCUCAUCAGCUCCUCCAAUCCUACAGCAGCAGCUCGCAUCGGGGAGCUCAGUGGAGGAUUGUCCUCCAGUGCCCCGUCCCAAGUUCACAUUUGCACGUCAGGCCUCAUUGUCACUCCUCCUCCGAGCAGCCCUGUAACUACGGCAACCGUCUUCACUUUCCCCCCAGAGACCAGCUACGCCUCAAUCCCAGUGGAUGUGCUGCCUCCUCCUCCACCGCCUCCCCCACAGUCUUCUGCUGUCGGCGCUGCCUCUGGAUUGGCCGCUGGACAGAGGCCUUCCCCCACAGCGAGUGACCAGAGUGGGCGCCAGAGGCCGACAGUGUAUGUGGCAAUGUUCCCAUACACUCCCCGUAAGGAGGAUGAGCUAGAGCUAAGGAAAGGAGAGAUGUUCCUGGUACUGGAACGCUGUCAGGAUGGCUGGUUUAAGGGAACAUCCAUGCACACCGGCAAGAUCGGAGUGUUUCCUGGCAACUACAUGAGUCCUGUCAGCAGGACGGCAGCAAGCAGCAGUCAGCCUAAAGUACCCCUAACACUGUGCUCUCAAGCCGGGCGCAGCGUCACCAUCGUUAGCCCCUCCUCUGCCCAACUCGGACCUUCCCAGAGUGGCAUAGACCCCAGCAAGUCCAUUCCAAUUUGUACAGGUCCUGCUCCUUCUAGCCCUCUACCGGCAGCCAUAGUGACUGCGGCUCACAUGCCUCCUGGUCAGCAUCCUAAAGUGCUGAUGCAUGUGACUUCACAGAUGACUGUCAAUCAAGCUCGGAAUGCUGUAAGGACAGGAGUCUGUCACAACCAAGAUCGCCCUACUGCUGCUGUAACACCCAUCCAGUCCCAGAAUCCCUUGCCUUUCCUGCCUCACUUGGCAGUGUGUCCACAGCUUUCACCCAGCCCCGGAUCAGUCCCCACCUCCAACCCUGCCUCACGAAUGGGUGUGGCUAUGGGCUGUGCUGCCGCCUCCCUCACCCCACCCAACGUCAGUGCUGCUUCACUGGAGGUUGAUACCUUGAGACCCGCUGCCAUGGUAGCACUCCCAGUUGCCCCUGGUAAUGCCAAACCCAUGGGUGCCACAGCAGCAAAUCAGACGGCUGCCUGUAGACUGGACAAGGACUGCAAGAGGGAGAAGAAAGGUCUGCUGAAACUGCUUUCGAACAAAAAGAAGCUGCGGCCCUCUCCCCCAUCCUCCCCAACGCUGGAGGCCGAACAGGCAGCUACUGCAGACGUGACACAGGGUGCCAUGGGGCCUGAAUUGCCCAUUCCUGCCUCUGCAGUGGGGGCCAGUGGAAGCCAAGCUAGAACUGGGUCCUGUCCAGUAGAGUCUGAGACAUCUUUGUCAUGUUCAUCAUCAUCAUCGAACACUGAUGCAGCACACCGCAGGAGUGGAUCCCAGGACAACCCUGCCCCCAUUGCACCACCGCCACGGCAAGCAUGCUCCUCCCUCCUAUCCAUGCAGCAUGACGGCCGGCCAAUUGUGUGCGAGAGGUACCGUGUGGUAGUGUCAUACCCUCCGCAGAGCGAGGCUGAGCUGGAGCUGAAAGAGGGAGACAUAGUGUUUGUGCACAAGAAGCGUGAGGACGGCUGGUUCAAAGGAACUCUCCAGAGGAACGGUCGGACGGGCCUCUUUCCCGGCAGCUUUGUUGACAGCAUCUGACUUGUGUGAACAUGUUUUGUCGUGAAGCAAAAUAACACCAACAAACUGUUAUCAUGUUAGCAACUGCCACCUGCGCUGUAACCUGGAAAGCACCAGACAUACGAAGCGAUGGACUGAAGAGAUGGAGGACUCUGCAUCUGCAUCAAGCACAAUUCAGUGUUUGUGUUCCAACAUCCCGGACGCCAGGAGGCUUCAGUGGUCUCCUGGAGCUGAACACAGACUUGCAUCUCACACAGAGACUCACAAAACCAGCCCCCAGUUGGGUCAGUCAGCACAUAGUCAAGCACAUGUAUAAAACCUUUUUAUCCCGCGCACACCACAUGUGACGGAGCUGGCUUAAGCCUGUAGCCUUUAGCCUAUAGCACAGGAGUCAGAGCGUAGUAGAGCUAGUCAUGUGAUGAUUUGUUAAUUUAUGUAUUUGAAACGUUUCAAAAAGGUUUAAAUGUGUGCCUUGUACUGUCUCUCACUUUAUUGUAUAUAAGCAAACAAAGCUGAUCUAUGAAUCACAAAACAGUAUGAACCGAGCGAGGCUGGAAAAUAUGAACUUAACUUAUUUCUUUUUAUAUUUAGUUAUGGUACUGAUGGGUGGCUGUUGUGGGAGGAGCUAUGUGAACUGAAGCAAAAGUUAUUCGUGUGCCCCACUGCUUGCUCAUUGGUGGAGGCUGUUUGUCAUCAUUGUUCACCUCUUGCUUCAGCAGUAUGGAUGCGGUUGCCUAGUUACACUACUGUUGAUUGUCUUAGUUUUAGAGUUAGAGUUCUGAUCCCGAUUUACUACUGAUUUAAAUAUUGAUUGUUAAUUAGAAUCUUAACAGUAUAUCUAUGCCAAUAUUGUACUUAUCCUCCUGUUUUUUUUGUCAUUACAGAAAGAAUCUUCUCAGUAGAUUGAAUUUGAUCAUUAUUAAUCAUUGGCACGUAUGGCCUCACCCUGGACAAAGUAGUCACAUGUAUAAUUACUUCUUUUAGUACGUGGUUAAGCCUCUGGCGGCCUUAGUACUCAGUGAUAUCAGCAUCAGCAGUGUCAUGUGAAGAAUACAUCAGUCUCUGAUACAGUUCCUUUCCACUAUUCCACUGGUUCCCUGAACUGGGUGCACCUUCUGAGUUAACGUACAGUAAUAUGUGCAGUACUAUCUGCUGCUCACAUUGAGAGAAGUGAGAGAAUCAAAGUCUGUCUAGGUCUGCUGUACAAGUCUCACAAAGAAACCCCUACAGUCGUCAUCCCCGAGUGUUAUAGUGUUAGAGGAGUGGGCGAAAAUGAUCAGGAAAAAAAAUUCUACCAUUGGACACUAGGACAAGAAGACAUGUAACCAUGUGUUACAAAACAUAGCGAAUAUAUUUAAUAUUUUUAAUUCGGGGAAAAUGCAAAAUGUGGCUGUAUAUUUGGCUCAGUCUGUCUAGCAAAGUAAAGUUAACAUUAAGUUAGAAAGCAUAAAAAUUCUUGGCACUCCUGCAUGAUGACCGAUUGUAGUACAUGUGGCCGUAGGGGGCGGCAGCAGCAAGGGCACAUUUUAAUGAUUCUGCUGUAGAUUAUUUUUAUUCAAUGAUUAUAGGGAUAAUGUUUUUAGUCUUAUAUUUUUCUUAAGAAAACAAAUGUUCCGCAGCGCAUCAUAAUGGUAGUGUAAUAAAUGUAUCACUCAGAUUAUAGUAAUUGUAUUCCUUUAUCAUUCUAAAAGUAUGAUUGCUGCUGGCUCCCUUGUGUGUCUUUAUAUAUUUCACAGCCCUCUGACUGACUGAUCAUGAGAGAGCACUGAUACCUGUGCGUUUAUUCUCAGAAUGGCCUGUCUUUACAGUUUUAGUCUGUUGCACUGCUCUGCUGGGUAAUAGCAGUGCAACAGACUAAAACUGUAAAGACAGGCCAUUCUUAGAGUGAACACACAGGUAUCAGUGCUUUGAUCUGUUUUAUUAGAGAACUGUGUUAUGCAGAGUACUCCUGCAUUAAAUGUGGAUGUGAUUUCUGUCAGAGUCACUUGUCUCUUCGCUCUGACAAUUCUAGCCAGCCACUGCAGGUCACAAUCAUUACCAUUCACUGCAUUGACCACUGUAUGUGGUAAUGCCUUCUGUGAUGUAUUCCUAGGACACAUGUCAUGAGCACACUGGUCAGUGUUUAGUCUCACUCGCAAGAUAAUUAAGCAAAAAUACACUCAAGGUUCGUGCUAUAACGUGUGAUAUUUUCACUACUGUGCCAAUAUUACUUGUUAUAGCAUGAACAUCGAGUGUAGUGUUGCAAUUUUGAGAGAUUUUGAGUUAAAAAGGAGGAGAAAAUACUAUCUGUUUGGUUAUAAACACUCCAAGUAAAAAUAGUUCUAUUGCUGCUCUGUUUUUAGCUGCACUGUUUGGCUUGUAAGCGCUGCAUCGUUGCUAGGUUACCUGUAUGUGGCGGAGUAAUACAUGGAGAGCUUCGGUUACAGUGCAUUACCGGCUGAUAACGACAGUUUUAUAGAAUGCCUCUCAGCCAAUCACAUUGCAGGGUCGAAACUAACUGUGGUGUAAUACCUCGCAUCUUUUUCAGAUGUGAGCAUUCCCAGGCUGUCCCUUCACAAUAAAGUUGCAUACUACUGUUCCAUGACUUUUAGCAUGUCCUUGUUUUUAGUGUGUAAUGAAUUUGAUCAAGACUGACUAUCUAAAUAAAAGUUAGCUGAUAAGAUUAUCCUUUUUUAAAGAAAGCUUCAUGUCCAUAUUUAGUCUGUUCAGUGUUGUCGUUCUUGCCGAUGUGACCGAAAUUGAAAAGUCUUACAAGUCUUACGACCAAAACGAGUUUUCAGAAGAAUUUAUCUCUUCUUAUUCCUCUGAGACCGUGCAUGUCUGAUCUGUUGUGUUUAGCCAUUUGUCACGUAGAACUGCAGGAGAGUUCAUAGCUGUUCCCAGUUAACAUUUAUUUUAUAUUGCUGGAACAUUUAUGUAGGGCUGUAUUUGUAUUAUACAAGUGUAUGCUGAAAACUGUUUACAAGCAUUCAUGUGUUUGAGGCCGAGAGAGACACAGAGAGAACGAGAGAGAGAAAAAAAAUUGUGUUGUGGGGACCUUUGUGAGCUAGAUUACUGGCUAAUUAUCUGCCUAAUUUGAGAUUGGAGGGCUAGGAGAGGCUGUAAAUGUGGUAUCAAACACUUAUCACUCCUAGGGGAAGCUCAAGUGCCUAUGCUGUGCUUUGCGUUAUUAUUCAAAAUGACUGAGUUCACCCUCAGUCGUCCUGGCAUUCUUUUUGUGCACCUAACCUGUUUUUAUCUCUGUUUGAUGUCUGUGAAGUUGGUGUAAACUGUGCAUAGUACAGUGCUCUGAUAAUGAAACUGCUCUCUCGCCUUCAUCACUAACUCUCACAUGCCAAAUACAAACCUUUCAGACAUAACACCUCCAACACACACACAGCUUCUCCAUUCACACAACUCCAUUCUCUUACAUCUCACUAUCAAUCGUCACAUUGUUGUCUAAUAAUGCCUGUCUCAGUGCGUCCCACGACUGACCAAGUUGCUCUAAAGGAAAGCAAGCAUAUUCAUUGUACUGUCAUUGUAAUGUACUGUUGGAGAGAGUUAGUACUAAAGCAGUAGUUGGACACACUCUAUUUGCCAAGGUGACUUACUUGAUUUUAUUUUUCCAUAUUUUGCUUUAGUUUUUUUGUAUUGGUUGAAGUUAGAUGGUCCGCUGUAUGUCUGCUAAUGGAAUUUGGUAUCCAUAUAUUUAACACUAAAACAGUGAAAGAAAUAUCCAUUUUUGUAAUGCGCAAACCAGUAAUAAAAGAAAAUGGUUUCUAAA